AUGAAUCUUAAUUAAGAUCAGCUUCAUCAUGUUAUGGAAAAGUUGGUAAUAAGUCUAUCAGAUCAUAUCGAUAAAACAACUAAGCUUUUUCAAGACAAAAGUGAACAUUAAAUAGAAUCUAAUUUGGAAAUCAAAGAUUUAAAAACUAAACUCAGAGACGUUAUAAUGAGAUAAGAGGGAUUUAUGGAAAGACUUAAUAUAUUAAAUGAGAUGGCAUAAAAUACAAGGAAAUCGACUUAAAGUUUAACUACAUUCAACUAGCAACACAUACUAGACUUCAAGAAUGUCUAAGAGCAGGUAUAGAUAAUUUUCGAACAACUAUCAGCCUAAAAGUAAUGUGUGACUCUAAUGGAUUCUAAGUUGACUUCAUUCGAAAAGUUAGCUGAUAUCUAAAUGAAUGGAGGAAUUAGUAAAAUGACUGAUGCUUUAGAAUAAAUCAAUUCGCUCUAUCUGAGCAAGGAAUAUUUUAUGGAUCGAUGGAGGUAAUAUGAGAGAUUCAAAGAAGCCACAGAAGUGAAGCUUGAGCAGAUGGCUAAUCUUAACCCCAAACAGAUAGAAACUUAAUUCAGAGAGAUCAAUGCCAGACUGAUUCCACUAGAGGAGCAAAUGAGAACUAAAAUUGAUUGUGACUUAUUUGAUGAUGAAAUUGAUAAGAUCAAGACAUUAAUGGUUAAUAAUUAGCACGCACACUCUGGGUAUGUGAAAGUAGAAUAGGUAGCUGAAAAAUCAGUUAGAUAAAAAGAUCUCAUGGCAAUCAAAGAAAAGGCUUAGAAAAUUGAUGACUGUUUGAUAGCUUGCAUCAAUUUUGAAAAAAAGCUUCAGUAAUAUGCUGGGUUCGCCUAGAAAAUGGAAGAAAUUGAGUCAACUUUCGAUGAGUGCUUAAAAAUUAAGGAUUUAGAGGAUUUAGAAAUUAAGGUUGAACAUCAUAGACUUAGUCUUGUUAAGAUCGAUUCUUACAUUGAAAAGUCAAAGGUAAAGUUAAAAGAAUAGUCAGCCACUCUCUCUGAAUCUAAAUCAAUGGUAAGCAAAGAUUAUAUCACUAACUUAAAUUAGCUUGAUUCUCAUGAUUCAUGGCUAAGAAGAAUUAAAGAGUAAAUAGACGAGCUUAAAAUGAGCUAACAUUUGAUGAAUAAGACUAAGGAAAAGCCAUCAUUUGGAAUAAAUCUCGAGGAUAACUAAUCUAUAGAAGAAAAAUUAGCUGAGCUGAUUGAUGAUGUAGAGAAGACUAAAGAAUCUUUGAAAGUUAAAUCACAUUAUCUCUCUUAAUCAGUAGAUGCUAUCAACAUUUAAUUGAAGAAAAAACUUGACAAAGUAGUAUUUGAAUAGUUUAAAGAUACUGAAUUCUUUUCAAGUAUUAAAGAUACUCUGAUUCCGUAGCUUAAAAAAACUUUUCCAGAAAAGACCAAAACAGUUUAAAGCAUUGAUAAAAUUGAAAAAGUAGUUUAAACUAUAACAAAACAAGUUGAGGCACUUACAUAAAAUACAAAAAAUUCUAGAGAAGAGGAGGAUGUAAUGCUUUCAAAGAAAAACUACCAGUGCCUAUCAUGCGAUAAAAAUCUUAUAAAUAUUUAGUCAUCGCCUGCAGAAUACUAUACUUGGUCAAAGCUCCCUUUAAAAGAACCAGGCGACAGGAUAGCAAGAUUAGGUAAAGGUUUUUCUAAAAUUCUAGGGAAUUAUAAAAUCGAAAAGUAAAUCAUCCCAACAAUUAAUAUCGCAGAAACAGUUGUGCAUUAAGAAUCCAUAGAGAAUGAAGCAGAUCAAGAUGAUGUAUUUUAAACUGACUAUUAACUCAAAAAAUUAAUGAGCCCUUUAAGCAAAGUAAAAUCAGCAUACAAAUCACAUAGAGAUAUGAAAGUUCCUGGAUCCGGAAUGCUUUUAUAAUUGCCAGCUGCAAGUAAUAUGUUAGAUGAACUUGGUUAACUAAGUCAAAUGAGCUACACUGCAAGAGGAGGCUCGAGACAGCAUAAAUCAGGAGGUGUGAACGGAUAUCAGAGUUCUAGAAAUGAAGGAAAUAUGAUUGCUCCUACUCUAGCUAAAACUUCGAUCAGACUAAAAUAAAUCACAAAGAUUUAAUAAUAAAUGCAUCAACAUAGUGAAAACGAUCAAAGAAUAAGGAAAGUUGAAAGUUCCUUGAGAGCCAUUUCCGUUGAGGGUAACAACAACAAUCAUUGA